UGCAUUAUAGUGGCUGUGACAACAUGGGCAGCGCCAUUGAGGGUACAACCCAUAGGAAUUCCCACCCAGUUUCCUACUUUAAAAUGGUGGAUGAUGGCAAUGUCCAAUAGCAAUGGUCAUGCUAAAAUGGGUUAUAUCCAUGAUGAGUCCUCGAUGUAUCUUUAUGGUGUGACUUGUAACUAGUGGCGACCGCAUGCAGUAAAGUGGACAUUCGUGCCUAUGGAAAACUCGAGAUUGCCACGGCGAGAUAAAGUGGAUUAAUUUGCUAUUUAUUUGCAGCGUCAACAGGUGUCUCCAGGUGCGAUGUCCAAGCGUCAACAGGUGUCUCCAGGUGCGAUGUCCAAGAGUACAUCUUCAAAUAACUUUUGUAUCAUAUUGUUGAUACUGUUAACACAAAUUCCCUGCAUCUUACAAGGCCUUGACAUGCAUUUGGCUAUGCCAUCUUUUGAAGUAUCUUGCAGAAAUGAAAAAGAAGACAUCUGCAAUUCCAUCACAUCCUGUGGAUGGAAUGGUUUCCUGAAACAAGUGCAAAUUAUUUGCUCUAAAGUUGAGAACGGUGAGUUCCAAUGCAUGCAUGACGUAACGGAACCUUCGAAGCAAGAAUCAUAUGAAAAACUCAUGGAUAAUUUUUGCAAAAACAACCUCGAAUGUGGAUUCAGGGCCUCUGCUAUUAAUAACAGUGCUUUAAAAUGCACCAUAAAGAUUAAACAAGCAGUGUCGACACAGCGCACAGUACAAUCAAAUGUGUCAGCAGUGAAAGUGGAUGAACCCAGAAAUGAAACAUCUGGAAACGACGCAAUUUCCAACUGGUCGUGGAUUUUCCCUUGCAUUUGCAUUGCCAUUAUUAUCAUUGGAUUUUUCAUUGGAUUUUACAUUGGAUUUUGUAUUGAUUGUACUUGUCUGGAGCGAAAAGGGUGGUGUCGCCGUGGUAAAAGGUACAUUGCAGUACCUGUAGAAGUGGGCCUAAUCUAAAGUCUUAUGUAACAUCCAGCACGCAGACAAGCCAACUGUAACUGAGUUUAACAGAGUCUAUUUGUUUUGUUUAUUUAUUUUGUAUUUUGGGUGCAUUAUUUUUGUCUGAGCUGGGGUUGAGUGAUUGGGAUGGUUGAGUCAACUUUCACUAACUCUGAUCAGGCCAUUAAUUGUUUUCUUUCCCUGUUUAACUCUGUUGCAGAUAAAACAUUUGCAUA